AUGGGUGGAAACGGUUUCUACAAGUAUCGGUGCAAAUACUUCAUAUCGCACGACUGUCCGAACUGGGUGUGGGUGGCCAAAGCCCCCUGUGCAAUGUGUCUUGCCGAAGGCAGGGACGGGGAGCGAGCCGAAGUCUCGCCAUUGCGACUUUCCCGAGAUAUCGUUGCGCCCUGCGUUCGAGACGGCGUCCUGCAGUACGUCGUGAUGGAGCUGGUGCCGCCGACCGAGCCCGGCGACGGCUGGACGCUGAAGGACAAGUUUCCGGGGCCUCCGCCGGCAGUUCCCGUGACGAGUGGCAUGCUGGAAGUGCCUGGUUUCCCGACAUCUCAAGCUUGA